GUCAUCGGCGUGACAGCAUCGGCACCGAGUGACCGAGUCUAGUCCCGCGGUUCUCGCGUCCGGUCUCUCCCCUCUCGAGAAAGAGAGAAAAAGAUCCGGAUGACGAUUUUCGGUGAUUUCGAACGCGCGUGACAGCGAACUUCGAAAGGCAAUUGUCGGUCGCGUUGUCCAGCGCGAGGUGAAUCAUCACGCGCGGUAAUUAUUAAGAGACGAUAUAUCUAUAGUGCGGCAACGGCGGUUUCGACGUCGAGUGACGCGAUACGACCGGAUGAUCGAUCGGCCGGAUCGAGCGAGGAGGCGUAGACGGUGGAGCGCCGUCGAUCGCGGCGCGUUUCAGGAAUCAAUUCGCGGGAGUGAUCGCGAAUGUUCGUUUCUUCGUAACAAAUAUUGUACCGGCAACAUUUUUUAUGUUUAAGUAUUUCUGAUGCCCAUCGCGACGAGAGUUGGGGAGAAGAAUCGAAAACGCGGCGCGGAGAUCAAGAUUUCUUUAUUUGUUUACAACAAAGAUCCUCGUCGGAAGACAAUUAAGAAGAGGAGCUGGGAUUAGUUGUCGCGAUUGGGAUUAGUUGUCGUGUAGAAAAUACGUGGCCACGAUUUCUGGCAUCUACCUUCAUUGGGUGUUUGAUAAUAAAUAAAUACAGCGUGAAGAGAGAAUGGUGCGGGCAACUCGCGCAGACGCAACGCUAACGAAGAUGAGGGAUGCGGUUCCGCAGAAAGGAAGUCAUAACGUAGCCACCCCCAAGUCCAAACCGUCCUUAGAGAUAUAUCGACCCCCAGGUGGGCGAGCGGAAGGAACCACGGCGAGCGUCACUAAUCUUCGACUAAACGUGCACGCCAAGGAAUUCACGAUGAAGCAGAACGAUUCGCAUACUUCUAAGUCUCGGACUAGUGCACCGGAGCGCUCCACGUAUUAUCUGCAGCACAGCAAAUCAAGCGGUAAUAUCCACCGAUACCUCUACGCUCAGCAGCAUCAGCAGCUGCAACACCCUCUACAGCAGCAGCAACAUCAACUACCGUCCCGUCAUUCUCAGGGUGGCCAUCACUCGAUGACGAAUUCCACGUUGCGUUCACCCCAUCCUUUGGACAUAUCCGCGUCCAGUGGAAACAUCUUGCACGCCGCGAAUAGGGUACACUUCAACAUGGAUCAGAACGAAAUCAAGACUAACUCCGUGAAACCGGGCAAGCUUACCAAAUCGCAUACCUUCGUGUCGACUUACGGCCUGAAGCGCUCCAAAAGCCUGAACUCGACGGACGUGUUGGCCGCCAAAGCGCUCAACAUCGCGGACGCCUCCGAACUAGGAAAAUUUCCUUCGCCCGUUCAAGAUAUACUUCUACGAGCGAUAGAAGAUCCGAAUCUUUUAAAUGCGAGGACAUUGAUGGAACUAGUACGGCACAUUCUGGAUAGGGUAGUGGAAAAUCGCAAGUAUGCCGAUCCGGCAGCUAAAAUUUGCAUCACGAUUAUAGAGAAAGAAACAAAAGAAACUUUCCUGGAAUCCUUGCUAAAUACGUGCCAACAAUGGUACCAGGAUCGCGCUAGAUUACUGUACGACGGCCAGACCUGCCAUCGAUACUCAGCCUUUAUGACGUUUCUCAACGAGAUGUAUUGCCAGCUGAAGCGCCGGCAGCUACAAUUGAAGACGCAGCAGGAGGGCGUUCCACCCGGACGCGUGCUCCUCACGCUGCUUUGGAAAUGCUGCCAGGAUUGCUUGCAACCGCCGGUCAUUAACUCUCUGGCUGAGACAAAUUGUCUGUUCUUCAUCCUCACGUGUAUCGGCAAGGACCUGGACGCGGAGCUGCCGAUGCAGCUGCAGCAGUUGCUUGGCAGUGUGCGCGACGCCUUCCUGGCGGAGGAAACGACGCUGCCCCCGGUCAAGAGGACGCUUCUGCAACUGAUCGAGCUCCACGCCGCCCAUUGGCAGCUACCGGCGCCGGCGGUGGUUUACUACUACCCCUCGAACUCUAACUCCAAGUGACCGCCAGUCUACGACACUCACCGCGGUCUCUCCGUCCGUCUUCCCAAAGUAUCAGAGAUUUUCUUACGCGAAAGCAUGCGGGUGUACCUUAAGUAUUUUUAACGCAACGAAACGUCUUUUGACAAGCGCGGCCGACAUGGGCGGCGCCUUUCGACGCGACAAUAAUAAUUUAAAAAAAAAAAAAAAAAGAAAACCACGAACGAAAGUACGACGUCGAUGAGUGUUACACGGUUUUUAUUUGCAAUUUUGUUUAUUUCUUAUUCACUUCACGACGAUCGCGAACGACACUUGUGAUGAUCUCGUUCCUUCCACGAAACGGAAGUUUUUGUUCGACAAAUCUGUAUGCAAACGAUUCUGUAUACGAAUAAACAAGUUCUUUUGCA